CCCUGUGCCAGAUCCCACCAUGUCCACCCUGCCCUGGGCUCCCCUGUCCCAGGACACCCCCCCAUCCUGGGGACACCCCUCGCACCCUGUGUGGGACCCCCAUGUCCACCCUGCCCUGGGCCCCCACCCAUGGCCGGGCUGAGCCUGUGUGUCCCCAGGAGUGGGAGGACUAUCGCCUCACCUGGAAGCCCGAGGACUUUGACAACAUGAAGAAGGUCCGUCUGCCCUCCAAGCACAUCUGGCUGCCCGAUGUGGUGCUCUACAACAACGCCGACGGGAUGUACGAGGUCUCCUUCUACUCCAACGCGGUGAUCUCCUACGACGGCAGCAUCUUCUGGCUGCCGCCGGCCAUCUACAAGAGCGCGUGCAAGAUUGAGGUGAAGCACUUCCCCUUCGACCAGCAAAACUGCACCAUGAAGUUCCGCUCCUGGACCUACGACCGCACCGAGAUCGACCUGGUGCUGAAGAGCGAGGUGGCCAGCCUGGAUGACUUCACACCCAGCGGCGAGUGGGACAUCGUGGCGCUGCCGGGCCGGCGCAACGAGAACCCCGACGACUCCACCUACGUGGACAUCACCUACGACUUCAUCAUCCGGCGCAAGCCGCUCUUCUACACCAUCAACCUCAUCAUCCCCUGCAUCCUCAUCACCUCCCUGGCCAUCCUCGUCUUCUACCUCCCGUCCGACUGUGGCGAGAAGAUGACGCUCUGCAUCUCCGUCCUGCUCGCCCUCACCGUCUUCCUGCUGCUCAUCUCCAAGAUCGUGCCACCCACCUCGCUGGAUGUGCCGCUGGUGGGCAAGUACCUCAUGUUCACCAUGGUGCUGGUGACCUUCUCCAUCGUCACCAGCGUCUGUGUCCUCAACGUGCACCACCGCUCGCCCACCACGCACACCAUGCCCCCCUGGGUCCGCACCCUCUUCCUCCGCAAGCUCCCAGCGCUGCUCUUCAUGAAGCAGCCGCGGCAGAACUGCGCGCGCCAGCGCCUGCGCCAACGCCGCCACACCCAGGAGCGCGCCGCCGCCGCCACCGCCACCCUCUUCCUCCGGGCCGGCGCCCGCGCCUGCGCCUGCUACGCCAACCCCGGGGUGGCCAAGGCCGAGGGGCUCAACAGCUACCGGGAGCGGCAGGGGCAGGCGCCGGCCCCCGCGGGCAGCUGCGCCUGCGGGCUGGAGGAGGCGGUGGAUGGCGUGCGCUUCAUCGCCGACCACAUGCGCAGCGAGGACGACGACCAGAGCGUGAGCGAGGACUGGAAGUACGUGGCCAUGGUCAUCGACCGCCUCUUCUUGUGGAUCUUCGUCUUUGUCUGUGUCUUUGGCACUGUCGGCAUGUUCCUGCAGCCCCUCUUCCAGAACUACGCCACCAACUCUCUGCUGCAGCUCGGCCAGGGCACCCCCACCUCCAAAUAGCGCCGGGGUGGCCGCCUGGCCUCCCCCCGGCCCCGGGGAUAGCGAGGGACCGCGGGCUCCGCUCCCUCUCCCCACCGCCGAGCCGGGGGCCGGGUGCUGGUCUCCAGGCAGGCACUGCAAACCAAUAAAUACUCACACGGGA